AUGGAAUUGAAUAACGUUGAUAUAAAAUCGCUACCAAUUAACAUAAAUUGUUUACAAUGGUCUGAAGAGAAUCAUAUUUCUGUUGUAUCACCUUCAGGCAUAGAUAUUUUUAUACCAUUAUAUAGAAGCAAAUAUAUUCGUAAUGCUCUAGUAACAUGUCAAGAUUCUAGUGACCGAAAUCCAAUCAAGAUUAAUGAUUUUAAUUCCACGCUUAUAAAAGAUAUACCUGAAGUUUUCAAAUGCUUAACUUGGUCUCCAAUAGGUUGCUCUAUCAUUCAAAGUUGCUUAUUUAUUGUAAUAACAUCAAGAUUUCAUGUGGCAAUAUAUGGUCCUAAAGAUGGUCCCUUACAGAGAGAUUGGAUAGAGGUUGAAAAUAUGUCACCUAGAUUGUUACAGCAAUACACAGAACAAACCGAUGAGACCGAUAAGACCUUGGCGGAUAAACUACAAUCCAUAUAUGCAUCAAGUUUUGUGACUGCUUCAGAUGACGGUUCGGUUUAUAUAUGGAGGAUAACUAUAUCAUUAAUCCCUGUUAUAUCUUUGGGUAUAGAGAAUAUAAAGAUGCAAGCUUCAGUUGCUCUACACGCGACACUUUCUCAAGCUGACAAUCGACCUGCAUUAAUAAUGAAAUGGUAUGAAUGUAAUAAUACAGGAGAAAAAUUAGCUAUAGUCAAAGGUCUCAAGAUCUAUAUUUGGACAUCAAACGAAUCACCUUUAAUUAAUACAGAUUUAGAACCUCCAAUGAUGUUCAAAGUUCCUUUAUCUAAAGGAAUAAUAGCGAUGAUUUGGAAUUAUGAUGGAUCUCAGCUUUAUACCUUCAAUAAUGAAGGUAAUAAUCUGACACUUAACGUCUCAGGAACAUAUAUUGAUGUUAAUGAAUCCACAACAAAGUAUAUCAAUGACGGAAAUGAUGAUAUGUUAUUAUCAGAAGUUGAGCCUGUAUACUUUGGAGCCGAUGGCUCAGGAAAUAGCCUUUUUUUUGCUGUUCUUUUUGCAUUAGAAACAUCCGAAACUCCAUAUAUUACUGACAAAUAUGAAGUUUCCUAUGUGACUUUUUGUCCAAGUGAAGAUCCAUCAAAAAAUGGACUCAUACCUUCAUUGAUCACAAGACUCAAAAACAUGCUCGAAGAUGCAUAUAUCUUAGAGAGAAAAUCUACAAAUUAUAUUAUGUGGGAUUUAUUGGAAUAUUGUGACCUUGAAAAUGAAUUCGAUAAAAACGAUUCAUUGCUUCAUCAAUUGGACAACACUUGUUGGGAUUGUUAUAAUAAAUACACCACUUCAAGUUUCGAACUAUCAGAUAAUGAUGGAUCUACUACAAAAAGUUUAAAUGAAUUUUCUUUAAUUGGUAUUAUCAUGAAAUGGAAAAAUAUACUUUAUAGGGAUCGUUCUUUAAAUGCGCUUCGGUUACUCAUGCAUAUUUAUAGUAACGUUAUGAAGUGUUUAGAAGCUUCUUCGGGUUUUCAGUCGCAACUGAGUCCUGCAUAUGAAGAUUGUUUGAAAAGAAUUGAAAACUAUUUCUUGAAACAAGUUUUGUCCACAAUUGUAGAUUGUAUUAAAUUUGGAGUUGCAAUCAAUAAUGAACAUGAUCAAUUAUUCAUUGUUUAUUGGUGCGAUUGGAUUUUAUUAUACUUUAAUGAUGACAAUGGUUUACUAAAAUUAGCAAAGUUUUUAUAUGAAUACUUGAGCACUUUACAAGGAAAAGCUAAAAUAUUUGGUAAUUUUGAAACUGAAAAGGCUUGGAUAUCACAAUUACUUUCGUCUAAAAAAAGUAAAAAAAUUAACAAGGCACCAACAAGAGCAUCAUGUCCUAUAUUUAUUAUUGUGUUCUUAAUUCAAUUAAUACAUGUAUCAUUCAUGCGAGGUCCAACGGGCCAGUGCACCAAAGGACACACUUGGGAUCUUUGUUCUAUAACUUUAAGUGUUGUGGCAGUUAAGAAUGUGAGAUCUUGCAAUAAUUGUAAUCGUAAAAUCUUGGCGAUGCCAGACUUUCAUAGCCCAAUAGGCGAACAAUCUAUUUCAUCAUCAAUAAUUGUGAAAGCAAUUUUUGAAACUUGUGAAAAAUGUUUUUACUGUGGAGGUAAUUUUAUAUUUCGACCAAGAUAA